GCCCGUCCAGCGAACCAGCAGCGAGGAGAUCCGCCAACUCCCGCCAGCCCGAAAACUUCCUCCCUCGUACCACUUUCUUCUCAUCGCCAACGACCGCCGCACCGCGCGCAAACCCCCCCCCUCCUCCCUCCCCCCCAAUUGAACGUCGAAAUCAUCCUCGAACCUCGACCUCGGCCCUUCGUCCGUCCCCCGAUCAUCCCGAGCAAACAUGCUGCGCACCCAGGCGACGAGUGUGCUGCGCAAGGGCGCCCUGGUGCGCAGCCUCCCGGCCGUUGCCUUCCGCGCCGCGUCGACAGCCCACGCCAUCUCCAACCCGACCCUCGCCAACAUCGAGAAGCGAUGGGAGGGCAUGCCCCUUCAGGAGCAGGCUGACCUGUGGAUGGCCCUGCGCGACCGCAUGAAGGGCAGCUGGACCGAGCUGACCGUCCAGGAGAAGAAGGCCGCCUACUGGAUUGCCUUCGGCCCCCAUGGCCCCCGCGCUGUCGAUCCUCCCGGCACCAACGCCCGCAUUGCCUGGGGUGUCGCCCUCGGCCUCGGUGCCAGCUUCGCCAUCUUCGCUACCAUCCGGGCGUUCGCCAAGCCCGUGCCGGCCACCAUGACCAAGGAAUACCAGGAGGCUUCCAACGAGCUCCUCAAGCAACAAAAAGCCGACCCCAUCACCGGUAUCUCCUCCGAGGGCUACACUGGCAAGGGCCAGGUCCAGUCUCCCCCCAAGGGCAACUAAGCCAAGCUCACUCGACAAAUACCAAUUCCUUUCCUUUGUCUUAGAAAACACGAGUGGCUCAUGGGGGAGUGCUUCUCCUUCCAUGUGUAAAAUGGUCUAGGACGAUUUGGAGUAGAGAACCGCUGCAGUCAACGGCGGAGAGCCGGAAAGGAGCCACGUGUUUAGCGGUUGUAAAUACUGUACUACAACGAUGGAACUCAAGUCUUUUUCCCCCCAAUAUCCGUCAUGGAUGCAUUGAUGUAGAGUCAGUCCUAGAUGCCAGGGUAUGCGAACGCGAAUACCCAACCUCGCCGGGGCGAACCCGUUGAAGGUCACAAGCUGCCA